GGGAUUUUUUUUCUUAUUGGGGGGGUUGUUAAAAAAUAAAUAUAAGGGCGGCCAUCUUUGUUUCUCUGCCGUGUAGUGUAAAAUAUUCCAAAACGUCCCCCACUUUUUGUGUGUCGAUUUGAAUAUUUUUAAAAAUCAUAAUUCGGGAGAAAUAGAUUUCUAAUUUUCGCGCACUGGGUCGGUGACAGGAAUAUAAUGUCCUCUCCUCUACGCGCCUCUGAGGAAGAUGAGGGCAUGGUGGUUAAUUCCGAGGGAGGAGAUUUUGAUGAAGAAGACGGAGACCUAGAAGAGAACGCAAGCGACAUAAACUCGCCGGUGGCGCCUAGAGAAACUGCAACACGAGCCGCGCCAGAUGAGUGUGAAGAAGGAGGAGAGACGUCGGACAAGGAUGAGACAACGAAGAAGAAACGGGGCCCCAAGAAAAAGAAGGAGGCAAAAAAGAAGGACAAAGAUGGAAAGGCGACCAAAGCUCACAAAUGCAAGAAGAUUGACAGUGAUAUAGAAAGAGACUCAGAGAGAGAGUAUGGGGAGCACUCAGACAGUGGAGCUAGUGAUUUCACAGCUGGGGGGAAAAAGAAAAGAAAGAAACAUAAGGAGAAGAAGGAGAAGAAGACCAAGAAAAAGAAAAAAGAGGAUGGAGACAGCAAUCAGGAGGAAACAGUCAAGCCAGUGGAACAGAAGACAUCAGGGCAACUGGCGCAAGACUGGGGGCUGGAGGACGUGGAUCACACCUUCACAGAUGAAGAUUACCGCACACUUACCAACUACAAAGCCUUCAGUCAGUUCAUGAGGCCCAUGAUUGCCAAGAAAAACCCCAAAAUUCCCAUGUCUAAGAUGAUGACCAUCUUGGGGGCCAAGUGGCGUGAGUUCAGCUCAAACAACCCGUUCAAGGGUUCCGCUGCUGCCGUGGCAGCAGCUGCUGCAGCGGCUGCUGCUGCUGUCGCCGAGCAGGUCUCCGCGGCAACCGCUGUCCCCGAACCACCACCCCAGCCUCCUCCGCUCCGCAAGGCCAAGACCAAAGAGGGCAAGGGCCCAGGGUAUAAGAGGCGCAGCAAGAGUCCUCGUGUGCCAGAAAAGAAGAAGGUCAAAGGAAAGAAGAUGGCACCACUGCGCAUUAAACUGGGCAUGCUGGGCAACAAGAGAAAGAAGAGCAGCUCUAGUGAGGACUUAGAUGAGGACGACUCAGAGCAGGAGGACUCCAGUGUACACAGCUCCUCUGUCCGCUCUGACAGCUCUGGUCGAGUCAAGAAGAACAAGAGAGGCCGUCCAGCCAAGAAGAAGAAAAAAAUGUUGGGAGAUGAAGAAGGGGACGGCUAUGAAACUGAUCACCAGGAUUACUGUGAGGUGUGCCAGCAGGGUGGCGAGAUCAUCCUGUGUGACACCUGCCCCCGGGCAUACCACCUGGUGUGCCUGGAGCCUGAGCUCGAGAAAGCUCCUGAGGGCAAAUGGAGCUGCCCUCACUGUGAGAAAGAGGGGAUCCAGUGGGAGGCGAAGGAGGAGGACUUUGAAGAUUUUGAGGAGGAGUGCGAGGAUGGAGGUGGCCCAGAGCUGGUGGCUGGGGGCACUGGAGGCGAGGAAGAGGAGGAUGACCACAUGGAGUUCUGCCGUGUCUGCAAGGAUGGGGGGGAGCUUCUUUGCUGUGACUCUUGCCCCUCCUCCUAUCACAUUCACUGCCUCAACCCGCCCCUGCCGGAGAUACCCAAUGGGGAGUGGCUAUGCCCGCGCUGCACGUGUCCUCCAAUCAAAGGGAGGGUACAGAGGAUCCUCCAGUGGCGCUGGGGUGAACCCCCUCCUCCGGUGCCUGUGCCCCCUGCCCCUGACGCUGACCCUCAGGCGCCCCCUCCCCCACCCAUGAAAGGGCGUGCUGAGAGGGAGUUCUUUGUCAAGUUGACCGGACAGUCUUACUGGCACUGCACCUGGAUCACAGAGUUACAGCUGGAGAUCUUCCACUCAGUCAUGUUCCGGAACUACCAGAGAAAGACAGACAUGGAUGAGCCCCCUAGUCUAGACUAUGGGUCCGGUGGAGAGGAGGAUGGGAAGAGCGAGAAGAGGCGAGCUAAAGACCCACAGUAUGCUGCCCUGGAGGAGAAGUUCUACCGUUAUGGGAUCAAGUCUGAGUGGAUGAUGAUACAUCGCAUCAUCAACCACAGUGUGGAUAAGAAGGGGAAUUACCACUACCUGGUCAAGUGGAGAGACCUGACCUAUGAUCAGUGCACCUGGGAGAGGGAUGACUUGGAGAUCCCAGAGUUCAACACCCACAAAGCCAACUACUGGAGGCACAGAGAGGAAGUGAUGAAGGACGACCCAGACAAGCCGAGGAGGAUGAGGAACUCGAGGAAGGAGGACAGUGAUGAACCCCCAAGCUCUCCUGUAAAUGAUCCCACGGUCAAGUAUGAGGAGCAGCCAGAGUUUGUGUCUGUGACAGGAGGGACGCUGCACCUCUACCAGCUGGAGGGACUUAACUGGCUGCGCUUCUCCUGGGCUCAGGGAACAGACACCAUCUUGGCAGAUGAGAUGGGCCUGGGCAAGACUAUCCAGACUAUCGUCUUUCUCUAUUCCCUCUUAAAGGAGGGUCACACCAAGGGCCCGUUCCUGGUCAGCGCCCCGCUCUCCACCAUUAUUAACUGGGAGCGUGAGUUUGAGAUGUGGGCACCUAACUUCUAUGUGGUGACCUACACUGGGGACAAGGAGAGCCGGGCUAUCAUCCGUGAGAAUGAACUGACCUUUGACGACUCAGCCGUCAAGGGUGGGAAGAAGGCCUUCAAGUUACGGAGAGAGGCGCCAAUUAAAUUCCAUGUGCUUCUGACCUCCUAUGAGCUUGUGACCAUUGAUCAGACAGCCCUCAAGUCCAUCGACUGGGCCUGCCUGGUGGUGGAUGAGGCCCACCGCCUCAAGAACAACCAGUCAAAGUUCUUCAGGAGGCUGAAUGACUACAAGAUUGAUCACAAGCUUCUGCUGACAGGCACUCCACUGCAGAACAACCUGGAGGAGCUCUUCCACCUGCUCAAUUUCCUUACUCCCAACCGCUUCAAUAACCUGGAGGGCUUCCUUGAGGAGUUUGCUGACAUCUCCAAGGAGGACCAGAUCAAGAAGCUUCAUGACCUGCUCGGCCCACACAUGCUGAGAAGGCUGAAGGCCGACGUUUUCAAGAACAUGCCAUCCAAGACGGAGCUAAUCGUCCGUGUGGAGCUCAGCCCUAUGCAGAAAAAAUACUACAAGUUCAUCCUGACUCGUAACUUUGAAGCACUAAACUCCAAGGGUGGGGGGAAUCAGGUGUCCCUACUCAACAUCAUGAUGGACCUGAAGAAGUGCUGUAACCACCCCUACCUUUUCCCUGUGGCUGCCAUGGAGGCGACUAAGACAGCUAGUGGGGCGUAUGAGGGCACGGCUCUGACCAAGGCGUCAGGAAAGCUGCUGCUGUUACAGAAGAUGCUGAGGAAGCUGAAUGAGCAGGGUCAUCGAGUGCUCGUCUUCUCCCAGAUGACCAAGAUGCUUGACCUUCUGGAGGACUUCCUGGAUUUCGAAGGCUAUAAGUAUGAGCGCAUCGAUGGGGGGAUCACGGGUGCCAUGCGGCAGGAGGCCAUUGACAGGUUCAAUGCUCCUGGUGCAUGUCAGUUCUGUUUCCUGUUGUCCACACGGGCAGGAGGUCUGGGCAUUAAUCUGGCUACUGCUGACACGGUCAUCAUUUUUGACUCAGACUGGAAUCCCCACAAUGACAUUCAGGCCUUCAGCCGCGCCCACCGCAUCGGCCAGGCCAACAAGGUGAUGAUCUAUCGCUUUGUGACUCGAGCUUCAGUGGAGGAGCGGGUCACCCAGGUGGCCAAGCGAAAGAUGAUGCUGACACACCUGGUGGUGCGGCCUGGGCUGGGGUCUAAAGCCGGGUCCAUGUCCAAACAGGAGCUGGAUGACAUCCUCAAGUUUGGCACUGAAGAGCUCUUCAAGGAUGAAAUUGAGUCGGGGGAAAAUAAGGACGAGGACAGCAGCGUGAUACAUUACGACAGCACAGCCAUCGAGAGACUGCUGGACCGUAGCCAGGAUGCCACGGAUGACUCAGACAUGCAGAACAUGAACGAGUACCUGAGUUCCUUCAAGGUGGCCCGGUACAUGGUGCGGGAGGAGGACAAGAUUGAGGAGAUUGAGAGGGAGAUCAUCAAGCAGGAGGAGAACGUGGACCCAGAUUACUGGGAGAAGCUGCUGAGGCACCACUACGAGCAGCAGCAGGAGGACCUGGCCCGCAACCUGGGCAAGGGCAAGAGGGUCCGCAAGCAGGUCAACUACAACGAUGCUGCACAGGAGGACCAAGAGUGGCAUGCUGAUAUUUCAGAUAACCAGUCCGAGUAUUCAGUGGGCUCCGAGGAGGAAGAUGAGGAUUUCGAUGAUAGGCCAGAAGGCCGCAGGCAGUCACGGCGCCAGCUAAGGAAUGAGAAGGACAAGCCACUGCCCCCCCUGCUGGCCAGGGUGGGGGGUAACAUUGAGGUCUUGGGCUUUAACACUCGUCAGCGAAAGGCCUUCCUGAAUGCAGUGAUGCGAUGGGGCAUGCCUGCCCAAGAUGCAUUCUCCUGCCAGUGGCUCGUCCGGGAUCUACGGGGCAAGACGGAGAAAGAGUUCAAGGCAUACGUCUCUCUCUUCAUGCGACACCUGUGUGAGCCAGUAGCAGACGGCUCUGAGACGUUUGCGGACGGGGUGCCGAGAGAAGGGCUGUGCCGGCAGCCGGUGCUCACCAGGAUCGGGGUCAUGUCUCUGGUCAAAAAGAAGGUCCAGGAGUUUGAGCACAUCAAUGGGAAGUGGAGCAUACCAGAGCUGAAACCGGAGGUCAGCGCCGACUCCAAGAAAUCAUCCCGUGCCUCCUCCCCCGUCAAAACUGCCACGCCAACCCCAGAACCCAGCUGCAACACCACCCCCUGCACCUCUAAACCAGCCACCCCAUCUCCCCCUGACAAGCUGGAGAAGAAUGACAAAGAGGCAGAGAAGGAGGAGGGCGACAGUCACCUAGGGCCCGAGAAGGAAACAGAGAAAGACAUAGAGAAAGAGAAUGAGAGCAGUGACACCACGGACCCAGUGGAUCCUCCAAUCACGUGUAAGGAAGCAUCACAGGAUGAACCUCCCAGGGAGAAGGCAGACUCAGAAGAGGGAGUCACGCCCGAGGAGGAGACGAAAGAUGCACCUGACCUGCCGGCAGCCCCGUCUGAGGAGAAGAAGGUAGAGGAGGAGAACACAGAGCAAGAGCCCAGCGCUGAGCCAACACAGUCUCUACCUCCCACAGCACCCCCUUCUGUUAAAGAUGAGAAACAAGAGGCAGAGAAAGCAGAGGAGGAGAAAUCAGAGGAAGCCAUCACCCCCUUGCAAAGGACGGACAGCAAAGACAAGUUGGAAAGCCAACCUCCUGAGGUUAUGAAAGGUGCAGAGGAACAGAAAGGAGAAAAGGAUGCUGGGAAGGACGGCAAGGGCCCGAAGGAGGAAGUUGUCAGGGGCAGCGGAAAGAGUGAGCGGCCACGGUUCAUGUUCAACAUCGCAGACGGGGGCUUCACCGAGCUACACACACUCUGGCAGAACGAGGAGCGAGCAGCCAUCUCCUCAGGAAAGAUGAAUGAGAUCUGGCAUCGGCGGCAUGACUUCUGGCUGCUUGCAGGCAUCGUGCUUCACGGGUACGCGCGGUGGCAGGACAUCCAGAAUGAUCCACAGUUUGCCAUCGUCAAUGAACCUUUCAAAACUCAGGCCAACAAGGGCAACUUCCUGGAGAUGAAGAACAAGUUCCUUGCUCGCCGUUUCAAGCUAUUGGAGCAGGCCCUGGUGAUCGAGGAGCAGCUGCGCCGGGCAGCGUACCUGAACAUGACUCAGGACCCCAGCCACCCCGCCAUGGCCCUCAACGCGCGAUUCGCUGAGGUGGAGUGCCUCGCUGAGUCCCACCAGCACCUGAGCAAGGAGUCGCUGGCCGGGAACAAGCCCGCUAACGCAGUGCUGCACAAAGUGCUGAACCAGUUGGAGGAGCUGCUGAGCGACAUGAAGGCAGAUGUGACGCGGCUGCCUGCUACCCUUUCUCGAGUCCCGCCCAUCGCCGCCCGGCUGCAGAUGUCUGAGAGGAGCAUACUGAGCCGACUGGCCAACAAGGGCACAGAGACGCACACCCCCCCGCCAAUUCCCCCAGGUCCUUAUGCCACACCGCAAAAUUUUGGGGCACCCUUUACCCCUGCCCCCACAGGAACCUUACAUCUGGGCGGGGCAAAUUACAGUCAGAUGCCCCCUGGGUCUUUCAUAUCAGAAGCCGGCUCCUGCCUGAAGACCAAGGAGCACGAUAUCCUGCAGCGCCAACGUGUGGUGGACCUGUGGAAGGACGGAAAGUCGGAGGGCGCCAUUGGGCAAGAGCUGCGGAUGCCCAAGUCCACUGUGCACAGCAUUAUUGUAAAGUACCGCCUCAGCAAUACAGUGGAGAACCUGCCUCGCAAUGGCCGGCCAAAAAAGCCCUGAGACCCAGAGUCAGAGAGAAAAGGGAGAAGAGAGGGGGUGGCCAAAAGCCCAAACUGAGGACAAACAACAAUCUCUGAGACUGAAUGAAAGAGAGGACAAAGAAUACACACCAAGCCAGAGGAGUGGGGUUAAAAAGGGGGACAGACGUCACCAUCUAGUCUGAGGGUGAAAUAGAAGGAAAGACAUCCUGAAAUAUUACAGAGGGAGAGAGUGAGAGCAAAAGGGAGAAAGAAAGAACCGAAUAUCCGAGAGAAAGAUAAGAGAUUGCAGGUUCAAUGUAGAGAGCGAGAGUGAAGCUAUGAAAUAAGAGGUGGAGUACAGAGAACACUGUGAUGGUCCCAAAAUGAACCUAAAAAGAGGGGGAUACAGAUGAACUUUUCCCGAGGUAGAGAAAGGAGGAGUCUGGAUGUUUCUGUGCUGACCCCUGUUUCUCUCUCCCAGUACCACCUCAGGAAACAUUACUUUUCAUCUCCCCUCUCCUUCACUGAUGUGAAACCUCCACCUUCACCCUUCUGAAUAAAUGUUUCAGGACUGAUCUUCCUCCUCCCUCUCUCACACACCCAUCUCACAGAUCAGCAGGCCUUCAAUGACUUUGCAGAAUUGAAACAUUUGUUCCCUGCACUCUGACCUCUUCUCCUGCAAUGGCUCGAUGAUCCAAAAGGGAUGAUCUGACCGUGCUUGUUCUAAUACCUCCAGUGAAGAAAGAAGGUCCUAUGUCCUAAAGCAGCCAUUCAAAGGAGAAAAAACAGCCUUGCUGUUGUGUGAGAAUGAGUUCCUGGACGACCCUUGUCUUCCCAGUGCCCAGCACUUCCACAUGGCUGAGCGCCUGGAAACAGCUGAAACCUUCCAUGGGCAGGAGAACAAGCAUAAAGACAUGUGCAGAGACAAGGCCGGCUCAUGGGACCCUGCAAGCUUUUUUCCAUGUUUGACCCGCCUGUGGAUGAGGAUAGCGUGACUUCUGUGGACCUCUGGAUGAGACGUACAUACAAUGCUGUAGACUCAAACUCACAUUUUACUGUACAUUUAUCUUUACUCUAAUAGGUUACUCUUAUGCAUCGCUGCAAAGAUAAUGACAAAAGGUCACAUAGUUUUCUGCAAAUGUUUUCGUUUUUUUCUCAAGUGUUGCUUGACCUGUUAGACCAAAUUCCUUGGUGCAUUUCCAGUUAGUGGUAAGCAGGAUCAAAUAUGUUGAGAGGUUAAUUGCUUACACAUACGCACGUACAAACACACACACACUCGCACGCAUGCACACACAAAAAAACUCAGCGUGGAUCAGGCCUUAAGCUAGAAUGCAUAUAUAUGCGUGUUGGGGGCGGGGGGCUGUAGGGGGGUCUGCGUACCUCUGUAUGUUCUCAUUCCGUCAUCAGAUUCUAUGAUUCAGAUUUGGCUGGCCAAUGCAAAGCUUUUGUCGGAAGACAAGGGGUAUAAUUUAAUGUAUUUAUGCUUUAAAUAACAUGUUAAAUACCUGAAGAAGAACAUGUAACUUUAAAUAUAAACAGAAAAAUGUUCAAAUACAUUCCUGGCAGUACUUUUUUAUAUGCAGUCACAAAGCGAAGUCCAUGUCCUCAGUCACUCUUGGCUUGUGGACUGUAAGUUUUACACUGCACUUUAUCACUGCUCUGAACCACAUUGCUGUGUUUCCCAACCCUGCUUCAGGGAGAAAUCAUUUGUAUACUGGUUUUCAUUGUAGCUUUUUUAGAUUUUGGUUUAGCUGAUAGCAUUACAGUGGUGGGAAUUUGCGGUUUGCAGCUUGGCAGUUAUUCACUGUAUCGGUCCUGUGUGAAAGACAUGUGCUGCGCUACAUGUGUUUGUGCUAAGGGAAAGAAAAUAAGCAAUCGUUCCUUAUCGUUUGUGCCAGAUCAGAAAUGUAAAUCAGUAAUGCACACUGAGGUACGGUAGAUUUAAAAUAAACGGUAUUCUGGGUUCCCAGGUGUCGUGUGCAACUGAGACCCUUCACACUGCACUGAUGUGUCCUAUGGUCUGAAUCCUGACCUUGCCAUUGCAGACUGUGUGGUUUUUCCUCAAUUUCCUGACACAAUAGAGACUCUUAGAGACCUCUGCAUUUAUUGGACAGGAUCAGUAAUUUUCUGUCCGCUGUAAUGGAGUCCACCUGUGUGUAUCUGCUGCUAUAUGUGUCUGGUGCAUGCUACGAUUGCUCUUUUACAAAGCAGAUCUUUAUGCACAGGAUUCUGCUCUGCUUCUCUGUUUCUCCUGAGGCAGACCAAAGGCCCACUGUGGGUGAUGUGUGUUCUCUCAUUUCCAUGGACUGUGAUUUUGUUUCGCUGUGGAACUGGAAACUGUCACAGCCGUACCCCAGUGGUCCUGGUGCUAACAUAGUCUCUGUUCUUUAUCUUCAAUGGUAAAAGCCUCAAACCCUAAAGAUAUUCAGCUCUGGUCCUGAAGGACUGCAGCCUCAGUUUUUUUUGUCUCUGUACAGGUGUUCACUUUCUAACAUUUUGAUUUGAAUUUUAAGCAUUCAGCUCUUAUCCAGAGCGACAUACAAAUAGUGCAAACAAAGAAAGGGCCUAGUUUUGUAAAUCACCAACAUCUCAAGUAGUGAUUAAUAAGAAGUGCAAUGGUCAGGUCAUUAGAAUUAAUAUGUCAUUAGAAUAAACAAGGGAAGUUAAUUAGAAGUAGAUAAAGUUUUUUUAGGAUAGAGGAAUAUAGGAUAGAUAGAGGGGGAAGAUAUGGAAGAUGGGUAUGGGAAAAUAGGGUGGAAAACCAAUGCAAACUUCAAUGAAGGAAAUUCAUAUCUUAUUUAGAAUCUGAGAACAUGUGGUUUAAAGGGUGUGUGGACCAUGCUGGGCCUGUUUCCAUGCCUUAUCAAACCUUCCUGAUCUUUCUGCCCAGUUGAACCAUACUGUGCAUGUAUGUGAGUCUGACUGUGUGUGUGUGUAUAGCAAUGUAGGAGACCUUUUCCCAUCUUCAAAAGUCUCCAAGACAACCCAGACAAUAUAUGACAAACCUUUGAGAUUUUUACAUCAUUUUUUAAACAAAUGUGUACUGUGUAUGAUAUUUUGAAUGUAUAUGUAAGCUCACUCAUUAAAAGGUUGUCACAGUU